CCAUCUUCUAGGCAAGACUCUUAUUCGGUUCAGUAUAGGAUUAUCACAUCCUUACUAUAACCCCCUGAACCUUGGGACAAAAUAAAAGGAAUCCGGUUUGAUUCCGGCUACUUUCAAAAGAAAAAGGAAAAAAAUGGGGAAUGAAUUCGAUGAGCAAAAUACUGAAAAGAUGAGAAACCCUUUUGUGACCGUGCAUAGUUCUGCGGCAUCAGCUGCCUCGUCAGGUCUCGCAGCUCGCGUGGGCAAACUCAUCUUGCCCAACAGAAAACCCAUUCGGACUCCGCACUAUAUUACUAUAACCUCGAGAGGCACUGUUCCACAUAUAUCGCCGGAUAUAGUCAGAAAUAGUACCGCAAUUGGCAGUCUUUACGUCGGGUUGGAGGAUUUCUUGGAUAAAGCUCCUCGAACAAUACCGAUACUGAAUAUACCUCAAUCCCACCCUCGGGAGUCCCGAUUACGAAAAUUUAUCGCCGCGCAAGACGAUGAUGUCCUCAUCCUCGCGUCGCGCAGGGCCCAACCGGUCGUCACUCCGCAAGCGAACACGCCAAACUCAAUUACAAUACUGACCUCGGCGGGCUCUUACAUUCUAGAACAUGCAAAAUGGCUAGAGACAAUUCAGGAAUUGCGACCGGAUAUCGUCAUUGGGUUUGCGGAUUUGACCCCUGGACACGUACCGGGUGUCAAGAGGCGAGCGAAGAUGGUUGAUCGGACACACGCGUAUACUCGCGAUGCGACACAUUAUUUAUAUGGCGAAUCAGACAGCUCCAGUUGCAAUAAUAUGGACGAUACUUCGCUAUAUUUCGCGCCGAUUCUCCCGCUAGAGAAUACGCAGCAAAGUCUAUACCUUGAUGAUUUGGAGGAUGAGUUACGGCCUAAAAUCUCCGGUCUGGCUCUCUACGAAUCUGCGUCUUUAUCCAUCAUUCCAGAUACACUCAGCGACCUUGCGAGAUUCUGUAUCGGUGAGCCAUGGGUGCCACAAGAAAUACUUCGCGAUAUCGCUUUGGGGGCUGAUUUAUUCACCAUUCCAUUCAUUGGGGAUUUGUCCAAUGCUGGUAUUGCCCUCGAGUUUGUGUUUACGCCAUCAUCAUUGACGAAUACUGCCACAAAUGUUACCUCAAAACCACUAGCAUUCGAUCUCUGGGAUAAGUCAUACAGCACAGAUCUCACCUCGAUUUCCGAGGGAUGUGAAUGCUAUGCAUGCCGAAAACAUCACCGCGCAUAUAUCCACCAUCUACUCUCAGCAAAGGAAAUGCUUGCCUGGUCAUUACUACAGAUCCAUAAUCAUCACGUAAUGGAUCGGUUUUUUGAAGCUGUUCGUGAAUCCAUCACAAACAAUACGCUCGAGGCAGAUAUCGCCUCUUUUGAGAGAGAGUAUGAAUCUGCUUUUCCGAAACAGACUGGUCAGGGACCUAGGGUACGAGGAUAUAGUAGCUACGUCUCCAAAACCGGCGAACCACGCAGAAACGAACCUGCUUAUGGAAGGUUGAACGAUGCCCUUGAGAAAUAUGCCGAGUCACAGCAGUCCUCUGUAGCGACUCCGGAUACUAAUGCGGAAGGCUUGGAGAGGCAGGGAUUUGCGGAGAAGAGUGGCUGAUUGAUCCUUCUUCAACCUUGGAUAAUAAUUAGAUGAAAAAUAAGACAAUUGACGCAGCUUGCGUACAGAAUACACUUCGAAUAAGACUAUCUAAUAUCAUACUUUAUUUACAUAUCCCCCGCAAGCACAUUCCACAACGUAUUCAUCUCCUUCUUCUCUUCCUCCGACCCUGGUACCGUACCAGCUCCAUAUCUAUGCCCAAUCACACAGAGCAACCACACAUCAUUCUUGGUCUCAUUCAGUAACCGCUCCGUAGCCGAUCCACGAGGGUAAAUACGUCGCCACUCAUCCCAGAUACGGAAUGCUUCUUCACCCCAAGCACGGAAACUGACUUCUUCGAUUAUGGUGGGUGUUGUGAUUUCGCGACCGCGGAAGGCGCCCCAUGUCACUGCCAUACCUGUGCUUUCGCGUAUUUCGAGUGGUUCUUCGUCGGCCGCGGCGACGGCUGAAGAGGUGUCUUCCGGUUUAGGGGACGAGGAGGUUGAUAUCAAAAAUGAUGAUUCUAGGUGACCGGCGGCGUUGAUGGCGAACCAGGAAAACUCUUCACUGCCGUGUUUUAGGAGAGUGGGCUUGACUUUGUUUUGGUAGUCGGAACUGGGGCAGAAGAAUUCGACAAAGGCCUUUUGGAAAACGAAUCCCUCGCCAGGUGGACCCCAGCCAAAGACGGGAUGGUCACUUCGUACACCAUUCACGGCAGGUUGAGAUGCAAGUGUCCACCAAUUCUUCUUCUCGAUAAUCUGUAAUAGUUGUGGUUUGAUCGUUUCCGUCUCCGCGUUGAGAUUUGCGUCCUCUGCUGCCCCUCCCUCAGACCAAGGGACAAUGUACAAUUCUCCAGAUACGUGUUUUCGGAAAAGAGCACCAAUGUCUUCUCUAGUCACGGGAAAGCCCCAUAACUGUUUUGCUACGGUGGCGUUGACAUGCAAAGAAGGACCGUAACCGUCAAUUUCACCAAAGGCGGGCGAGCGUGAAUCACCCCAACGUCCAUUGGGGAAAUCGUCCCAUGUUGCUUCGCGGCCUAGUGAUCCGAUACCUUCUGAGAUUUGUAGCUGUGUGCUUCGUGGGGGUGGGUUGAGUGCUGGGACGCCGGCACUGGAAGCAAGAGUUUCGUAUGUGAUGGAUUUUCUCGAGGAAUGUUCCGACUGUUGGUCUGUAGGUACGUGUAGCUUGUCCACAAUGACCCUGUUGUAAGGACCAGAGUUGACCGACGAGGCUCGACGGCGUGACACUAAUGUUUUGAGAUCAUCUUUAUUAUUCGAUACGGCGACUUCCUCAAUCGCAAUAUCAUCUUCAACGGCGUCAUCGUCGCUAGAAGGUGGAAUCAAAUCACAACGUUCGAGAAUUAAAGUCACCGACUUCUCCAAGUUCAGCGUAUAGAAAUGGUAUCCACGAUGUCCUGGAUUGGGCAAGGACUUGAUCUGGUUUACAAUCUCACUGACAAUAUCGACGCCGACUUGUUUGACCCGUUCAUCGUCUGAUCGUACUUGCUCAAUUCGAGACAUGAUUGCAGGCGGGAUAUGGGCUCCGCUAAGUUUCGUCACCCGGGUAAGAAUCUUGUAACCGUGAAUAGGCAUAAGACCAGGGAUGAUAGGUAUAGACUUUAUCGCUCCCGACGGAUGGUUUCGCAGCCUCUCCUCAAAUUUCUGAUAUGUUUCGAAGUCAUAUGUUAAUUGAGUCAU